UAGAGCGAUUUUCUAUCGCGAGAUUAUGCAGACGAGUACCGUGAGCGCGCGUUGUGUGUGCGCAGCCGGUCGGGGCCUGCAGCCGUCUGAGUGUCAGUGAGAGAGCAGCAGGCAAAGAGUGGGAGGAAGAAGGGUGUGGGCCCCGGAGCUGAGUAGAAGCGACUCCGACGACUCUAGUCACUCGAACACCGGAGCGGUGGUUCAGACCGAGAAGGAUAGGUGAUAGGAAAGUGCCCGUGUCUGGGAGGGGGGUGGGAAUGAAGAUGGCGGACGCCAAGCAGAAGAGGAACGAGCAGCUGAAGCGCUGGAUCGGCUCAGAGACUGACCUGGAGCCGCACGUCAUCAAAAGGAAGAAGACGAAGGUGAAGUUUGAUGAUGGCGCUGUCUUUCUGGCCGCUUGUUCCAGCGGGGACACUGAGGAGGUUCUCAAGUUGCUUGACCGUGGAGCUGACAUCAACUACGCCAAUGUGGACGGACUCACAGCUCUGCACCAGGCCUGCAUUGAUGAUAACAUAGAUAUGGUCAAAUUUCUUGUGGAACAUGGAGCCAGUAUCAAUCAACCAGAUAAUGAAGGCUGGAUACCACUACAUGCUGCUUCAUCCUGUGGAUAUCUUGACAUAGCAGAGUAUUUAAUUAGCAAAGGAGCCAGUGUAGGAGUAGUAAAUAGCGAAGGUGAUACACCUCUGGAUAUUGCAGAAGAAGAAGCCAUGGAGGAACUUCUUCAAAAUGAAGUUAAUCGUCAAGGUAUCGAUGUUGAGGCAGCUAGGAAGGAAGAGGAAAGGAUUAUGCUGAGAGAUGCAAGACAGUGGCUAAAUAGCGGGCAAAUAAAUGAUGUCAGGCAUUCUAAAUCUGGAGGUACAGCACUUCAUGUAGCUGCUGCUAAAGGAUAUGCAGAAGUUUUAAAGCUUUUAAUUCAAGUAGGCUAUGAUAUUAAUGUAAAAGAUUUUGAUGGCUGGACUCCACUACAUGCAGCAGCUCACUGGGGUAAAGAAGAAGCUUGUAAAAUCCUUGUAGAAAAUUUUUGCAACAUUGAGGCUGUCAACAAAGUGGGUCAAACUGCAUUGGAUGUUGCAGAUGAAGAUAUCUUAAGCUAUUUGGAAGAGCUCCAAAAAAAGCAAAAUCUGCUGCUUAGUGAAAAACAGGAAAAGAAGUCACCAUUAAUUGAAUCUUCAACUACAGAAAACAACCAGUCCUUGAAAACGCUAAAAAAUAAAGAAACCUUAAUUAUUGAGCAAGAGAAGACUGUGUCAACUAUUGAUUCUAUUGAACAAGAGAAGGUUGAUGAGGAAGAUGAAAGCAAAAAGGAUGAAUCAAGCUGUUCUAGUGAGGAAGAGGAGGAAGAAGACUCUGAGUCUGAGGCAGAGACAGACAAAACAAAAUCUUUGCCACCUGUAAACAACAUGAACAGUAAUAGUAUACAACAGGCCAGUGUUACGUCAUUGUCAUCUACAUCUGGGCAAGUCACACCUACAUCACCGGUGAAAAAGUGUGAAUUCAUUACACCUUUUAUGCCAGUGGUUGAAACCAUGCAGCCUACAUCUUGGAGACAGGGCUUGCGCAAAACUGGCAUUGUACUUGUGCCAAGUAAAGGUGACAAGUCUCUGUUUCCAACUCCACCAAGCAAAACUUCUCCAAAAGAAGAAGAGCGAAAAGAUGAAUCACCGGCCUCCUGGAGACUAGGUCUUCGUAAGACUGGAAGCUAUGGUGCAUUAUCUGAAAUAACAGCUUCAAAAGAAGCCCAAAAAGAGAGAGAUUUCACUGGUGUUAUGCGUUCAGCAUCAAGCCCAAGACUUUCCUCCACUCUAGACAACAAAGAAAAGGAAAAGGAUGGUAGAGGAGCCAGACUUGCAUAUGUUGCUCCAACAAUUCCAAGGCGUCUUGCAAGUACUUCAGAUAUUGAAGAAAAAGAAAAUAGAGAAUCAUCUUUAGGCUUUUUACGUGGCAGCAGCUCUUAUACAAGAAGAAAAUGGGAUGAAGAGUUCAAGAAAAAUACUUCUGUUAAUGAACUUCUAAACACGAGUUAUCAGAGAAGUUCAUCAUUUGGUCGACGGCAAGAUGAUCUUAUUUCAAGUAUACCUCCAGGGUCCACAGCAACUGUUACCUCUAGUGGGCUUGCCCGAAGUUAUUCUAGCACUAUUAAUAGUGGCAGAUCUACAGUGGGCUCUUCUUCAGGCUUACCUAGCAGUUUCAGUACCUCAAAUCGUUUUUGGGCUGAUGAUAGUUCUGAAAAGGAUAAGGAUGCGGUCUCUACUGCAAUCACUGUUCCUGUUGCACCAACCAUUGUAAAUACAACUUCUACUUCCACAACGAUGACCACAACAUCUACUGGAACUGUCCCAUCCUCAUCAGAAGGCAGAGAAAGACGCAGGUCAUAUCUCACUCCAGUUCGUGAUGAAGAGUCUGAAUCCCAAAGAAAGGCUAGGUCAAGACAAGCCAGGCAGUCAAGGAGAUCCACACAGGGUGUUACAUUAACUGACCUGCAAGAGGCAGAAAAAACAAUUGGCAGAACUCGCCCAACUCAAACUAGGGAACAAGAGAAUGAAGAGAGAGAGAAACAGGAUAAAGAAAAACAAGAAGACAAGAGAGAAUUUGAAACUAGAACUGAUGACUUCAGGCAAAGAUAUCAGCGUAGCUCAGAAGAGCGAUAUAGGCCUUCAUUAGCUGCAAGUACUACUCCAUCAGCGAUUUCCCUGUCCUCCUCCGGUAGUUCAAUUUAUACAUCAAGUCAACUGAACCGCCCGAAUAGCCUAACUGGUAUAUCCUCUUCCUACUCAAAUUUGUCGAGGAUUUCAUCAAAAGAUCCUCUGAAAGACGAGCUGGAUGGUGAAAAUAAAGAAGAGGAUAAAGAAUCUCAACCUAAAUCCAUCAGAGAAAGACGACGACCAAGGGAAAAGAGAAGGUCUACAGGUGUUUCAUAUUGGACCCAGGAUAGUGAUGAAAAUGAGCAAGAUCAUCAGUCUGACACAGACGAGGGCACAAACAAGAAAGAGAAUCAGACUGACACAUUUUCAAGGUACACCACUGGUCCUACUUCUGCAAUAUCGACUGACCGAUAUGAUUCAAUUAUUGGCCAAUCAGGAACUUCUAGUUACUGGGAAAGUAGAAGACUUCACAGUAGACUAGACAGAGAAGAUUUAACAGAUUAUAAAAAGCUAUAUGAACAGAUCAUAGCAGAAAAUGAAAAACUAAAAACCCAGUUGCACGAUACCAACUUGGAACUGACGGAGUUAAAGCUGCAGCUUGAAAAGGCAACUCAGCGACAAGAACGAUUUGCAGACCGAUCGCUGUUAGAAAUUGAAAAAAGGGAAAGAAGAGCUUUAGAAAGACGGAUAUCUGAAAUGGAAGAAGAACUUAAAAUGUUACCUGACUUAAAAGCAGACAACCAGAGGCUAAAGGAUGAAAAUGGGGCCUUAAUCAGAGUCAUAAGCAAACUUUCCAAAUAGUCCCAAGGUUUCCAGCAGCAGCGAUUUAAUGAAACUGCACAUAGACCAUUCCAGUGGACCUUAGUGUGGCACUCACUGGAUAUAUGGGAGAAUAUUCCUUGGCAACAGUAACUCUGAAAUUCUGCCAAACUCCCUCUUACCUGUAUUUAGCCCAUUUUGUACAAAACAAAAAAGCAAAAAUAAAAAACACUUUUGUAUUAAAGCGCAGCUGCUCAGAAGAGAAUGACUAUAAAUUCUUGUUUACAGAUACAACGUGCAAGGAAAGUGUUCAAGGCCAGACGCCUCCAAUAUUUAACCAGUAAGCCUUAGUUGUACAUAGACUUUUUGCAAUCAAAACGCUUUCUGCUAUCACA